UGGGCCGUGAAACAACCACCGACCAGACGAGCUCACAAACAUUCCCAAGAGACAGGAGCUUCAGGACACCACCUUACCCAUUCUGAGGUCAUUCUGUCAAAGCCCAUAGAAGAAACUAGAGAGCUUAAACAUGGUUAAGAUGCCUACGGUAUAUUGUAGCACGGCGGGAAGAAAUAUCAAAUUUAAAACCUUUUACGAGGGUACAGAAUUUUUCACUAUAGACGUUUGAGAGCGACUUUCGGGGAACUAUUCUGAGGACCAUUCUGUGGAGCAUCCCUUAGUGACUUCCCCUGAGGAGAUCUAAGGGUCUGGACUCAGGACAUCAAGGGGUCUCGGUGCCUGGACGAGAUGCUGCGUGUUGGGCUGUCCGAGGAGGACGGUCGUGGGGGGCUGGAUCAUGCAGACAUGGUACCCACGGACGAGAGACUGCGAGCUCUGACCCACCGGCGGGGCGACCCCACCGAUAGCUGGACCUGGUCCCAGACCAUGAACUAUGUGGGUCAGCUGGCGGGCCAGGUGUUCUUCCAGGUCAAGGAGCUGUACCGGGGGCUGAACCCGGCCACGCUGUCCGGGUGCAUCGACGUCAUCGUGGUGCAGCGGCCCGACGGCUCGCUGCACUGCUCGCCCUUCCAUGUCCGCUUCGGCAAGAUGGGGGUACUGCGGUCCCGGGAGAAAGUGGUGGACAUCGAGAUCAACGGGGAGGCGGUGGGUCUGCAGAUGAAGCUGGGAGACAACGGGGAGGCCUUCUUCGUCACGGAGACGGAGAACAUGCUGGAAGUGGUUCCUUCCCACCUGGCCACGUCGCCCAUCACCUCGAUGGGGGAGCUGCUCAUGGAGGCCCAGCUGGGCAAGAGCGCACCUCGUCACCGAGAGGGCCCGGGCCCCUCCCUGGUGCCCCAGACGUUGGGCCCCUUGCUGGGAGACAUCGCGGGGGCCAAGAAGAGGAGGAAGAGGAGGAGGAAGAUUAGGACAGAGGGAGUCGGGGGGAGGCGGGAGGAGAGUGAUGAAGACGACGACAUGUUCACCAUCGACAUGAGCUCCGACGAGGGGGAGACGGACGACAACAGGGGUGUGUAUGGAGACACGGAAAGCAAGUUGAGCAGCACUUAUACACACUCGGCUACGGACUGGCCCAAGCUUCAAAGGCCAGUAUCAGAGGAGCCGAUGUGUGUCCCUCCAGACCGCCGUCUGUCCAUCUCCUGUCCUCAGCAGAUCGCCCGCUUCCCCUCCAACCUCAGCAGCGACUCCUGCUCCUCCACGCCCAAGAGUGACUCAGAGCUGGCCAAUCAGAGCAAAGACCCCCAGAUGCUCUGGACCUGGGGGGAGCUGCCCCACGCUGCUCAGCCUUCCUUUCUCUCGGACCACCCCAGGUCGGACCUCCAGACCGAGCCAGCGCUCGCCAGCGUCACCAGGUCUCCCCUCCAGGACUCUGGACCCACGUCCAUGAACCUCUACCUCCCCCAGCCAGGGGACCUUCAGCCAGGGCACCCCCACAGAGGGGACCCCCAGUCAGGAGAGGAGGGUCUGUCGGAGGCCUGCAGAGGGGCUGGAGGUGAUGCAGGAGUCUUCGUCCCCUCCUCCCCAGGGAGAGAGGCUCUGUGUGGGGGGAGGCGGGGAUCGGCCCCCUGCUUUAUCUCCUCCAGUCCCCGCCUGGAACACCUGGAACACCUGGAACACCUGGAACCCCUGGAACACCUGGAGCAUCAGGGGGGCAGCACAGGCAGUCCCAUCAGGAGAACCGACUCACCGUCCAAGAGGAAAGAGAAGCGAAGCCAGCACCUGGGUUCUGACGGGAUGUACCUGGAUGACAUCACGGAGCUGGAGCCAGAGGUCGCCGCCCUGUACUUCCCUAAAAGCGACAGUGUGUGUGGUUCCGCCCCCAGGAGCUCAGAGAUGAUGCGCCCGCGGAGCACCGACCAAUCACCUCAGUCCCUGGGCAGCAGUGAGAUGGACAGCGGCAUCGACAGCCUAUCAGAACACACCGGGGACCUGCCCCACGUCGCCAUCUCCCUGUGUGGAGGGCUCACUACCAACAGAGAGAUCACCAACGAUCAAUUCCUAGAGAAGGCCAUUGAUUACCAGCAGUUCUCCCUCAACCCCUCCCUCAUCGAUGACCCCAACCUGGUCGUCAAGCUAGGAACAAAGUACUACAACUGGAACACGGCCGCGCCUCUGAUGCUGGCCAUGCAGGUGUACCAGAAACCCCUCCCGCAGGCGUCGGUGGAGAACCUGAUGAAGGAGAGGAUGCCUAAGAAAGGGGGCCGCUGGUGGUUCUCCUGGAGGGGCCGCAACUCCGAGUCCAACCCGGAAUCUGAGCCGGGGGCGGGGGACGUGCCAGAAGGCAUGGACAGAAUGAAGGAGGAGUCUUCCUCCAGUGAUGAUGACCACUCUCCAGCCAAUCCCAGCCUGGGAUCCGGUCAGCCCGAGCCCCUGGCCGCCUCCAGCAACGUGUGCUACAAGAAGACCCUGAGACUCACCUCGGAACAGCUGGCCAGCCUGCAGCUGAAGGAGGGGCCAAACGACGUGGUGUUCAGCGUCACCACCCAGUACCAGGGUACCUGCCGUUGCCAUGGCACCAUCUACCUGUGGCGGUGGAACGACAAGAUAGUCAUCUCUGACAUAGACGGAACCAUCACCAGGUCCGACACCCUGGGUCACAUUCUGCCCACCCUGGGGAAGGACUGGACUCACCAGGACAUCGCCAGGCUCUACCACAACGUCAGCCUGAACGGCUACAAGUUCAUGUACUGCUCGGCGCGGGCGAUCGGCAUGGCGGACAUGACGCGGGGCUACCUUCACUGGGUGAACGAGAGAGGCACCAUGCUGCCCGUCGGCCCCGUCAUGCUCAGCCCCAGCAGCCUCUUCUCCGCCCUGCACAGGGAGGUGAUUGAGAAGAAGCCUGAGAAGUUUAAGAUCGAGUGUCUGUCGGACAUCAAGCAUCUGUUCCACCCCAGCACGGAACCGUUCUACGCAGCCUUCGGCAACAGAGCUACGGAUGUGUACUCGUACAAAGAGGUGGGCGUACCUCUCAACAGGAUCUUCACAGUCAACCCCAAAGGAGAGCUGGUGCAAGAACACGCCAAGACCAACAUAUCCUCAUACGGGCGUCUGUGCGAGGUGGUGGACCACGUCUUCCCGCUCUUCAGUGAGGGUCAGGGGUCAGAGCCCCCCGACCCCGAGACCUUCAGCCCCUUCACCUACUGGAGGGAGGAGCAGCCCGAGCUGGCCAACGAGGGGGAAGACUCGCAAACCCUGAAGACCGGCCCAGGAGACCCCGAAUAGACCUUCCAACCGUCUACCACCAGGGGGUUCAAAGGCCAGCUACUGCUUAGAAACAAGAUGGCGGCCAGGUGAACCCGGCCUAUAGCACAAAGAUGCACCACACCCGGUUAAAAAAGGAUGAAUGAUUAACGAGGCAGCUCCAUGGAACGAUGCUCAUGUAAGAGCUCCGGCACUAGCCAUACUGUAUGCACUGAUCAAUCCUAUGCACUUAGAGCCAAUACAUGCUACCGGAAGGCUAGUGAAAUUAGCUACCUUGUAGGGUAGUCACAGUAGCUACCUCUAGGCUACCUGCAGGCUAGUGACAGUAGCUAUGUGUAGCCUGAUGACUAGCUACCUGUAGGCUACUGACAGUAGCUAUGUGUAGCCUGAUGACUAGCUACCUGUAGGCUACUGACAGUAGCUAUGUGUAGCCUGAUGACUAGCUACCUGCAGGCUACUGACAGUAGCUAUGUGUUGCCUGAUGACUAGCUACCUGCAGGCUACUGACAGUAGCUAUGUGUUGCCUGAUGACUAGCUACCUGUAGGCUACUGACAGUAGCUAUGUGUAGCCUGAUGACUAGCUACCUGCAGGCUACUGACAGUAGCUAUGUGCUGCCUGAUGACUAGCUACCUGUAGGCUACUGACAGUAGCUAUGUGUAGCCUGAUGACUAGCUACCCGUAGGCUAAGGGCAGGGUUACAGCACCAAGGAAUUCAGGUGGGUGUUCAACAUGAUUCAUUCAAUCGUAAUAUUAUAACGAUGAUCCUUAUUACAAAACUGAGGAGUUCAGGUCUGAAAUUGAUAGAAAUGCAUUCAACAAAUGGAACAUGUACAAAUAUACAAAAUGUAGGAUUUUAGAAGUUACUUAUAAAAAGCAUCGGUAAACAACUACCAAUGUCUUAACAUACCUCUGUAUAACAUAAUUAUAUAUAUAUAUAUAUAUAUAUAUAUAUAUAUAUAUAUAUAUAUAUAUAUAUAUAUUGUAUAUAAAAAACUGACAAUACUAACUGUAUCAACUCAAGAUAAUAUUUCUACUUAAGGGAGAGGAAGAAUGUCAUUUUAUUCUCUGAACGUAGUCAAAUUAUAAAUAUAGUGUAGUCUGAAUACUGUACUAUAAUAUACUAUGAUAAACUUUUAAAUAUAAGGAAGAGAAAGAGUCAACGUACUCAAGAUUGACUGACCAUUCUACUGUGAAAUGUGUUCCGACACAUUCACCACCAUUUCUGGGUCUUUAUUGAUGCCCAACAAUGCAAACCAAGUUGCAGUUUAUCACCAUUGUAGCUCAGAUCAACCACUAGGCAGUACAGUAGGCCGUGUCAGUGACCCCUAUUGGGAGAGGCUGUAUAGUGUUUAGAUAUAACACUAGAAUUUGUUUAAGGUUCUAAUCAGCACUGACAUGCAUGCAAUCUUGUCUCGGUCGAUACCGUUUAAACUUUACAUCGGUGCGGCUGCUAUAGAUUUAUUGUUGUAGAUGUUUAUUUUUGUGUAUUUGUUUUCAAAUCACUAUUUAUUUAAUAAAUCAAGUAGUAGAGAUGUCAGUGUUGACUGCAGGACUGUUAUAUCAUGAAAGAUUGUAACUUGUGAAUUUUACAAUUGUAAUUAAUUUGAGGAAGCGGGAAAACCACUAAUGAAAUGUGUCUAAGGUUGAUGUCUGAAGUUGUUUCCACCGCGUGUCAUUUAUAUGUAAAACCAGAAGGUGCUUAUCAAAUGCAAAGGCAGCCAUGCUCUGAAUACAUCAAUAACCUCAAUAUUAUUAGAGAUGUAUCCUCUCAAUAUGUUUCACCUUCGGGCAACUUCCAGUAUUCUCACCACGUGAGGACCAGCAAUCGCCACCCACACAUAUACUACACUGCCAAAGGGGUGUGUUGGGCACUUCUAAACGUUAUUUUUGCCUAGAGUCAGAAAUGUCUGACGAUGGUCUGUUGCCGUUGAGCAUGGCAUGCCGAUGACUUCUUUUGAGCAGAAUCUGUGUUGUUGCUAUUUUAGCCCACCAGAGGGCAUCGUCCAGACCCAGCGCUUCCUCCGACUGUUUCGUCUCAUGUUAUUAUGAUAAUAUGCGAUUGAAAGAUCAAUCUUCAAGAUUAAUCUGAAAUGAUUCAUAAAAUAAGCAGAUUGAAGAUUAAGAACCAGAGGUCUUAUGCUAUGAUGUUUAACUGUGUUCUUCAUCAGGGUAUAUCUGAUCUCAUCAGAACUGUGCAAAUCAAGUGCACGUGACGUGAUUAAUCAAGGGACAUUUAAUGUGACUUUGUUCUUUCUGUGAAAGAUGGCUUGAAUACUUUUUAACAUAUGUGUUUUCUCUGUUUCAACAAAUGGAUAUGAAUUGCUGGAGGCCUUGUCGUGACUCGUGUGGUGUAUGUACAGCCUCAAGAAAUGCAAUUUAUUAAUGAUCAUGUAGGAAAAUAAUCCUUUCCAUUGAACAAAUCUACUAAAUUGAAUUGUUUAUUAACAAAUGAUAAUUGUACGAUUAAAAAUUGUUGUAUUUUGACUGUGUACUGUCCUUGGCUUCCUGUAUUAGAUCGGCCAACAUCUCUUGUGUAAUUGUUUUCUCCUAACACUUUCCUUUUUAAAUAAAGGACCCCACUCUAUUCCAGUACCUUAGAUCCAGUGACCACAACAGACCAACUGCUGUAACUGUACAUAAUACAUCUUUAUUUUAAGAGAAACACAAGUCUGGAAUUUCCCCUGAAGGACGACAAUCAAUCAUAAAUAACUCAAUAUUACAAAAUGUGGCAGUACAAUCAAAUAAAAUAUCUUCAUACAUUUGAUUUUGUGUCUUUGUACACAAAUCAUAUUUACAUGUUUUGCCAUUUAUUAUAUAAUUUAAAACAAAUAAACGGUAGCCUAUAGUACAAGCAUAUCUUUAUCUUGUGAAGCCGAGGUAUCCAAUCUAUUCCUUCUCAUUCAACUCUGGCCGUGUGAUUGAUAAAAGCAUUGAAUUGUCACUCCCUCCCUCUCCUGCCCCAUGUGACCCAAUGUCACUCGCCCCUCAAAAAACCAACACAAGGACGCUGUCAUCAACGAGCAGGGAGAUGCAUCUAUCAUAUAUAUAUAUAUAUACUGUAUAUAUAUAUAUUUUUUUUUUUUCUAAAUCUUUCCCGUCCAGCAGGUCAGUGGUCUGGGACACGGAUUGUACUGCCGAUCAUAACCUUAAUAUUGUUAAAAAAUAAUUAUAUGAAUAAUAUCAUUAAUAAAGGGAAUUA